CGGCGCCCAGGCCGCCCGCCGCGGCGUCCCCGCGGCCCCAGCCCAGGGAGAAGAUGAGCGUGGGCUGCCCAGAGCCCGAGCCACCCCGUUCCCUGCCCUGCUGUGGGCCAGGGACUGCCCCUGGGCUGGGUGCAGGCGUGCCCCUUCUCACUGAAGACAUGCAGGCACUGACCCUCCGCACACUGGCUGCUAGCGAUGUCACCAAGCACUACGAACUGGUCCGGGAGCUGGGAAAAGGCACCUAUGGGAAGGUUGACCUGGUGGCCUACAAGGGCACAGGCACAAAAAUGGCGCUGAAAUUCGUGAACAAGAGCAAAACCAAGCUGAAGAACUUCCUGCGGGAGGUGAGCAUCACCAACAGCCUCUCCUCCAGCCCCUUCAUUAUCAAGGUCUUUGACGUUGUGUUUGAGACCGAGGACUGCUACGUCUUUGCCCAGGAGUAUGCGCCUGCUGGGGACCUGUUCGACAUCAUUCCUCCUCAGGUAUUUGGGGUGGUGGCUGAGGGCGAGGAGAUGGUCUUCCAGGGGCCCCCGAGUGUGAGCUGGGGAGGAGUCAGGCCACUCAGUUCAUCCAUGAGUAUUUAUUGA